AUGUUGUUCUCACCUCGAGCUCUCAUCUCCGGAGCCGCUGCCCUGCUGGCUCUCUGCAAUGUAGCAGUAGCAUCCCCUGUAGCAGAAGUACCCAGCCCGACGAUCCCCGGACACUGUUCAACUACGAUGGACGACUUUGAGCAUACUACUGCUUGGGUCAAGACUCACGAAUGCUACACUUACACCAGAACUAUCCAGUCCUCUACUUGCCCUACCUUAUCAUGCCCAUCCAGGCCAACAGAUGUAGUCUGCCCGCUCUACAUCAAGGUCUCAAGCGUUACCGUGCCAUGCUCUACGGACUGCUGCCCGACGACGUCAACAUCGUAUGUAGCAAAUGGCGCGUGUCCCACUUGCGAUCCUUGCCCUAUCCCAACUGAAUGGAUCACUUACACGACCGGAUGUGCUGGUACACCUACUAUUACAUCUGUGACGAUCGAGACCCCGCCGUGGAACACGCCCGGUUCUCUUGAGAAUUAG